CGAAAGUGUUACUAAUGGAGGCCAAGAAAAACACCACUAGUGUAAUCAUGUUACCAUGGCUAGCCCAUGGUCACAUAAGUCCAUUCAUAGAGCUAGCCAAGAAGCUUGCAAAUAGGAACUUCCACAUUUACAUGUGUUCCACUCCUGUAAUCCUACACUCCAUCAAGAAAAAAGGAUCACUCGAAGAGAAGUAUACUCGGUCGAUAGAAUUAGUUGAGUUUCAUCUUCCAUCAUUGCCAAAUCUUCCUCCUCAUUACCACACUACCAAUGGCCUUCCACCCCAUCUCAUGACCACCCUCAGAAAAGCUUUUGAAAUGAGCAUUCCAAACUUUUCUAAGAUAUUACAAACUCUAAAUCCAGACUUGGUCAUUUAUGACUUCAAUCUGCCAUGGGCUGCUGAGUGUUCCUCCUCUGUGAACAUUCCUGCUGUGCAGUUCCUCACUUUUAGCGCAGCCAUGAUCGCUUUGGGCAUCCACAUGUAUGAUAAGCCUAGAGAAAUGUUCCCAUUUCAAGAAAUUUACCUGCACGAAUAUGAAAGGCUUUCAAUGAAGAAAGCUCUUAAAGCAUUAGGUGGGAAGUUCCCAUUCGACGAGGGUCUUAGGCGAUCACACAACAUUAUUCUGGUUAAAACUUGUAGAGAUUUUGAAGGGAAAUAUAUGGAUUAUCUUUCAAGUUUGGUCUCCAAGAAAAUAGUCCCGGUUGGUACACUAGUUCAAGAAUCCAGCAUUGACCAAGAUGCUCAUGAGGAGAUCAUGCAAUGGCUUGACAAGAAAGAAAAAGGCUCAACUGUGUUUGUUUCAUUUGGGAGUGAGUAUUUUCUUUCUAAGGAGCAGAUACAUGCAGUAGCUCAAGGUCUAGAGCUUAGCAAAGUGAACUUCGUUUGGGUCAUCAGAUUUCCACAAUGUGAAAGUAUUGGUAUUCAAGAUGCAUUACCAGAAGGAUUCCUUGAAAGGGUAGGAGAAAGAGGAAAGGUUAUGGAAUGGGCUCCUCAAGCAACAAUUCUUCAACACACGAGCAUUGGUGGCUUCGUGAGUCACUGUGGAUGGAGUUCUUUCACGGAAAGUAUGAAGUUAGGUGUGCCCAUAAUAGCCAUGCCUAUGCAGGUUGACCAACCAAUCAAUGCCAGGCUUGUGGAAUAUAUUGGGAUGGGAAUGGAGGCACUGAGGGAUGAGAACGGGAAACUACAGAAUGAAGAGAUUGCAAAGGCAAUAAGGAAGGUGGUAGUGGAGAAAAGUGGGGAGGCUGUGAGGAAGAAAGCCAAGGAACUAAGUGAGAAAAUGAAUGCGAAAGGGGAUGAAGAGAUGGAUGGUGUGGUGGAAGAACUAGCAGCACUUUGUAACAACAAAUGAUCAGCAAUAGGAUUUAAUAAUUAUCACCAUUAUUCCAUAAAUGUAAUUUAACUAGCUGCGGGAAUCUUAGUAGCUCCGUUGGUUGGUUACCUGAAUUUUCACCUUGUUGGC